AUGUACGGCCUGGGCAUCCGCGUCGGCUUCUACAUCCAAUGGCUGGCCGCCGUCAUCAUCGAGUACUUUGACGAGGACGAUCUGCCCGACGUCAGAUUCCUCGGCGCCUUAUUCUCCGCCGCCGCGACCACCAGCCUCGUCGUCCAGCUCGCCCGCGAUCGCCUCCAGCCCAUGGACAUCUACAUCACCCUGCUGCUCGCCAUCGGCAUCUUCUUCUUCUUCAUGCCGCUGCACGUGUGGCGCAUCCUGACGCGCUGCAACCCAAACCUGGAUCCCUUCCAGCUGUCCAAGGAGCAGCACGGGCUCAUCUACCAGGUCUGCACCUUUGUCCUCCUCGCCACCAACGCCGGCGUCGCGACCUGGUUCUAUACGUCUUACUUGCCGGAUCUGGACCGGGCUUGCCACCAAUACGCGUUUGUCUUUGGCAAGACAGAUCUCGAGGACAAGAGGUACAUUGUCUUUAGCGCCAUGUUUUACAUCUGCGUCCUUAUUGCAUGCGCUGCCUUUUUGUUGUUUCAUCCCUGCUGCCGAUACAUUGUCGAGGUGGAUGACCGCCAUUACAGCAGAGUCAGGAGAUCUCACAUUCGUCUAUUGCAUGAGGCUCGCACCUUGGUUGGCUUUGCCGUGUUUGGUGUCUUGGUUGCUGCCAUUGAGCUUCCUAUUAAUUGGAACCACAUCGACGACAUCGAUGAUUUUACCACCUCGGCCCAGCUUAUUCCUUUCUUUUUGAGUGCCGGAAUAGUCCUUCGUGUUUGGAUCCAACACCACGUCCGGAAGCAGGCCAACGCGUCGUCAGACUCAUCUUCAGAUGAAACAAGCCACGGUCGCCGCCGCCGGGAGAUGGAAGAUGUUGAGGAUGGAACUAAACGAGCUCGUCCUAAGGAGAUUGCAGAGAGGGGUGAUAAUGAGGUGUUCGAUCAAGAUUUACCGAUGGCCGAAGCAUUGGGGGUCGCUUCGUCGCUGAUAGCCAUAGUAACAAUCACAGCGCAGUCCACCAAGAUAUUAUAUGAGACGGUCCAAAGCUUCAAGACACAUCAGGCCACUGUCGCACAACUGAAUAAUGAACUCAAAGCCCUUGGCAAAGUCCUGGAGUCUCUGAAACACCAUGUGGCAACUGACGGCACGACCUUUCUUCCGCUGGAAUUUCCUCUACGCCAAUGCGGCCGAGCUUGCCAGGACUUCAAGCAUGAGAUAGAUAAACGCACCAAACAUUCCAGUAGCUCUGGGACGAGUUUUAGAGACUGGGCGAGGUUGAGCUAUAUGAGAAGCAGUAUUAACGAUUUCACCACCAUGUUGGCUGGGUACAAGUCGACAAUAAGCAUCGCUUUGGCCGACGCAAACCUGCGUACCGCCAAAGUAACUCUCCAGGCGUUGAACGAUUACAAAGAUAUGAUCCAGGAUACAAAAUCCGACCUCGAAAAUCACCUGUCAGACAUAAAUAAUAAACUGCAAUCCUUUGCACCCUCUGGUCGAGAGCAAGCCAUGACGGUAACCGCCGACAUUGAACGAAUAUCGAAUGAGAGGGAUGGUAUUGAGAGGUGCUUGACGAUUUGCAGCCAUUUCCUAGAACACAUCAACACGGUACAUGUUCAAAUCGAUCCGCCCCCGCCACUCUCAGAGGGGAGUUCGUCCGUCACGCCGCAAGAUCCGACAUUGGCGGCUACCAUGACACUUUCGACAGUCAAGUGCUGCAAGACAAUAGUCACAGACCACAUAUCCUUGCUUCAGAGUCUUAGAGAGAACACCGAAGCCAGGUUACACUUGGAAGCCAGGAGACCGUCCCGAGACAUGGGAGCUGAGACCGAGCGGGAUCUUGAAAGGCUGCAAAGUGAGGUCGACAGCACGAAGCAGCGCUUGGCAUUCUUUGAGGAGGCGUCGGCCCGAGCAUCGUCUGGCAGGGUGCAUAUCGUGGAGGACAUUAUCGUGGGCAACAAUUCAGCGCAGGUCUGUACUUCUGUGGAGGAUCUCUGGUCGGUGAAGAGAGCAACAGCCGGGCAUGGCUCGCUGCAAAUUGUGGGUUCGUUGCCUCCGGAUAUUCUUAUGGAGAUCCUUAGAGGGCAGAACGAGCGACACUUUGUUCAAAAUAAGGCACAACCUGUUGAGGACGACUUGACAAGUUCAACAGCAGCCGAGCUAUGCACAAGCACAAGCGGCGGCGGUUCAUCGACAAUACAAUAA